AUGACAGAGAUGGACGUGCCCGAUGUAGAAUGCAAACCAGUUGCUGAAAUGGAUGAAUAUGCCCCUGAGGAUAGUGGAACGUUGCGGCUCGAUAGCCAGGGUUAUCCAUUGCGCCCACAACCCUCUGAUGAUCCUCUAGACCCCUUGAACUGGUCGUUUUAUAUGAAGCUCCUCGUGCUCCUUCAGGUCGCCUUUCUCGGGUUCCUCGGUCCAUUUUCCCAGGGCACCAUUAAUGCUGCUUUCGUCCCACUUGCUCUGGAUCUUGGAGUCUCGGUCACUGAGGCCUCUUAUACAACAACAAUCGCCAUCCUAUUUGCCGGGUUUACUCCCCUGAUAUACGCUCCGCUAUCAAACGUCUACGGACGUCGACCUGUCUAUUUGGUGAGUACUGCAAUCGGGACGGCUGCCAACGCUGCCUGUGCUGUCUGUCACUCGUGGAGUUACCUUUUGGUUGCACGCGCUUUUGUGGGAAUUGGCACAUCGGUUGGCAUGGGAGUUGGUGCAUCAAUUGUUGCAGAUCUGUAUUUUAUGCAUGAGCGGGGAUUGUACAUGGGGAUAUACGUGGUCUUUGUUACCAAUGGAGCACACCUUGCAGCAAUCAUUGGCGGCCUUGUAGCCGAUGAUCUUGGCUGGCGUUGGUGUUACUGGGUCCCAACAAUCACUCUUGGGGCGACUUGGAUUUUCAAUAUCUUCUUCCUGCCAGAGACUCUAUAUCUCCGAGAUCCAGCAACAGGCGCCUCUUACACCAGAACAAAAUCCUGGGUCCAGCUCCUUACGCUCAAACAAGCCCCAAUCACAGGGAAGCUCAAAUUUCGGGACUUUACUCAUUGCUUCAUUAUGUUGAAAUAUCCAUCGGUGCUUUUGUGCACACUCUAUUACAGUAUUGCAUUUGGCGCAGGUACAGUUCUGUUUGCUGUCACCGGAGCUGCAACAUUUGAGCACUCCUACGGGUUUAACACCAUUCAGGUUGGUCUGGCCAUUGGUCUACCCACAACGAUUGGUUCUAUUCUCGGAGAAUUCAUGGCUGGAUCAAUCAGCGACAGAGCUCUUCGCCAUGCUAACCGCCGUCAUGGUGGCUCAGCAGAUUCUGAAUCAAGGCUCCGAGCAACUUUGCCUGGGGCAUUUCUUCUUCCUGUCGGUGUCGUCAUAGAGGGCGUUUGUUUGCAAUAUAAAACUCAUUGGGCGGGACCUAUGAUGGGCAUCGGCAUUGCAGCUUUCGGGCUUCAGAUCGUCUCUACACCGAUUUUCGCCUAUCUCACCGAUUGCUACAAGCCACAGUCAACUGAGCUCUCUACACUCCUUAACUUUGGUCGUUUAUUGUUUUCUUUCACUCUUGGAUUUUACAUGCUUCCUUUUGCUUCAAGCACAACCUUCGGAAUCGCCUGGGGAGUCAUUGCAGCAAUUAACUUUGCUUCGUUUUCUGGUAUUCUUCUUCUGAUGUGGAAAGGUCCUACAUGGAGACGGAAAUUGGCAUCUCCCGACUUCGACAGAGGCCUAUGA